AUGGACAAUGGACAUUGUAUUGUGGCAAAGGUACCUACCGGUAUUGCUGGCCCGCCAAGGUUAACGACCAACUCUGAAGUUGCAACGAUAACUUAUUUACAAUCCAAGAUCUCGCUUCCGAUACCGAAAAUUCUCGACUGGAAUGAUAAUCCUUCCAAUCCUACUGGAACAGAAUAUAAUAUCCAGGAGCAUGUAGCGGGUGUUCAACUACAUUAA